AUGAAAAACUGGAUCCACAAAAGCGCACCGCCUUCCUUGAGCCCAAAUUCGAACUUCGAAAACUCUCUAUCACUUAUCCCUCUAGCUAAAAUCAUAUUUGCUAUAGUUAUGCCACCCAGGAUCACCUCUAUAGAACUCAAGCAGAAGAGAAUAAGUACGGGGAACACAGUUCAUAUUGAUGAAAAUACGCAAAGUCUAAUGAACCAUGCCGAGCCUUGCCGUGUUAUUCGGAGAGGAAAGUUUAGGGGGCUUCAUGACACAAGAGCAGACCACUGUAUCUCAUAUACUUGUCGUUCACGACACUUUCCUCGCUGUAGAUUUUGUCUGCUGGUACCGUAUGUCUCUUCAGCCCUCACAAGAGAAUUUCAUUUCUCUAAGCGACCGCUAGCACAUUCUAAAUCACAAUCUGCGUGUGUAUUAAGGAGAUACCGCCCAGUCGAAAUUGAACCUUAUGUUAUUGGUAAGCAUGCGAAUUCGUUGCUAGAACACCACAUUGAAAGGAUGGUCCGAUCAUCUACCUUAUCCAAAGCCAGGGAACAUAUUAAUCGAUUCACCAUCAUAAUGCGAGGAGUGGCAUUCGAGAGAGAACCAUCAUAUCAUGACCAUGUGCAUAAUCGAUAA